AUGAUCAUUGAUGGGGGAAGCUGCGAGAAUGUUGUCUAUAAUACCAUGGUCGAGAAGUUAGGACUGAAAACUGAGGAACACCCACAACCCUACAAGCUUUCUUGGCUGAAGAAAGAAAGUGAGGUGAAGGUGAACAACAAGUGCCUCGUGCAAUUUUCUAUUGGCAAGAAAUAUACUGAUGAGGCGUGGUACGAUGUCAUUCCGAUGGAUGCAUGUCAUAUCUUGUUAGGGAGGCCGUGGCAAUUUGAUAGGAAAAUGCGACAUAAUGGCUUUAAAAACACUUAUACUUUCAAGAAGGACGGGUUGACAAUUACUUUGGGGCCUUCUGAUUUGAGGAAUGAGGCAAAGAAUACAAUGCUAUCCAGAGCAGAUUUCCAAGAAGAAGUUGCUAAUGCCGUUGAGGUAUUGGCUUGUGUGGUGAUGGAAGAGAAUUGUAGUGUUUCUGACAUUCCUUUGCAGGUUAAGCCAUUGUUAGAAGACUUUGCUGAUGUGGUUCUUAAGGAAAUGCCACCGGGAUUGCCACCUAUGAGAGACAUCCAACAUGUAUUGAUUUUGUGCUGGGAGCUAUUAUUCCCAACAAAGCAGCAUAUAGGAUGA